UUAUAUAUUCAGCAUCUCCCGAGAGCUCAUCUGUGCCGGGCAUUGUGCCAGCUGCUGGGUCUGCAAAGAGAAACGAGACACCGGCCGACACUCCAAAUUACCAACGAUGAUUAACAAAAAAUAGCAGAACCUUCGUGAGCCUGGGGAAACGGAUUAGGUACUGCCUUCCCCUGGAAGGCAGUUUCAGAAUCCAAACGCGGGAGAGAAAAAGGCAGCAGCCCCCGAAAUAGAGUCAGGCAGGAGGGAAGGUCGGGGGAAGAGGGAGACUUCUUUUCCCAGGGAGGGAAUCUGUCAAGGCCACUCAAACGUUUCUCCAAGGCUGCGUGAGAGAAGAGGUUUGUUUUUCUUUUGGAAAGACGGAGCCCUUUUCCCUACUGGGCUCUGAUUUCUAGUAGGAGAAGCCCCGCCUCUCAGGGCCGGAGAUUGGCCCAACUCGUUCUCAGAUAAUUUAUGCCAGCAUCCCCUCGGUCUUAUUGGCUCCCCUGCUCCAUUCCGCUGGGAGUCGCAUCCUACCUGGUUGGGAGGUGUACUGCCUUCCCACACUCUCCCGUCUCGUACUCACUCACCCGGCUGCUGCUGAGGUGGGAGAAAAAGUCCUGGCUGGGAGAGCUGAGCGGAAAAAGCAAUCCUGAUGGGUUCUUGGAAAGCUGCUCUCUUCUCCCCUUUUCUUUUGUGGAGCCAAAGUAGAGUGGUGAGGCUGAUGUUCUUGUUACUGACCCUGCAUUUGGGAAACUGUGUUGAUAAAGUGGAUGACGAAGAUGAUGAGGAUUUAACAGUGAACAAAACUUGGGUCUUGGCACCAAAGAUUCAUGAAGGAGAUAUAACACAAAUUCUCAACUCAUUGCUUCAAGGCUAUGACAAUAAACUUCGCCCAGAUAUAGGAGUGAGGCCCACAGUAAUUGAAACUGAUGUUUAUGUAAACAGCAUUGGACCAGUUGACCCCAUAAAUAUGGAAUACACAAUAGAUAUAAUUUUUGCCCAAACCUGGUUUGAUAGUCGUUUAAAAUUCAAUAGUACCAUGAAAGUGCUUAUGCUUAACAGUAAUAUGGUAGGAAAAAUUUGGAUUCCUGACACUUUCUUCAGAAACUCAAGAAAAUCUGAUGCACAUUGGAUAACAACUCCUAAUCGUCUGCUUCGAAUUUGGAAUGAUGGACGAGUUUUAUAUACUUUAAGAUUGACAAUUAAUGCAGAAUGUUAUCUUCAGCUUCAUAACUUUCCUAUGGAUGAACAUUCCUGUCCGCUGGAAUUUUCAAGCUAUGGGUACCCUAAAAAUGAAAUUGAGUAUAAGUGGAAAAAACCUUCUGUAGAAGUGGCUGAUCCUAAAUACUGGAGAUUAUAUCAGUUUGCAUUUGUAGGGUUACGGAACUCAACUGAAAUUUCUCACACCAUCUCUGGGGAUUAUAUUAUUAUGACAAUUUUUUUUGACCUGAGCAGACGAAUGGGAUAUUUCACUAUUCAGACCUACAUCCCGUGUAUUCUGACAGUUGUUCUUUCUUGGGUGUCUUUUUGGAUCAAUAAAGAUGCAGUACCUGCAAGAACAUCACUUGGUAUCACCACAGUCCUGACUAUGACAACUCUGAGCACAAUCGCCAGGAAGUCAUUACCUAAGGUUUCUUAUGUGACUGCGAUGGACCUCUUUGUUUCUGUUUGUUUCAUUUUUGUUUUUGCAGCCUUAAUGGAAUAUGGCACCUUGCAUUAUUUUACCAGCAACAAAAAAGGAAAGACUACUAGAGACAGAAAGCAAAAAAAUAAGAGCUCGAUGUCCCCUGGACUCCAUCCUGGAUCCACUCUGAUUCCAAUGAAUAGCAUUUCUCUGCCACACGGAGAAGAGGAUUAUGGGUACCAGUGUUUGGAGGGCAAAGAUUGUGCCAGUUUCUUCUGCUGCUUUGAAGACUGCAGAACAGGAUCAUGGAGGGAAGGAAGGAUACACAUACGCAUUGCCAAAAUUGACUCCUAUUCUCGAAUAUUUUUCCCAACAGCUUUUGCCCUAUUCAAUUUGGUUUAUUGGGUUGGCUACCUUUAUUUAUAAAUUCUGUUCACUAGGCAAAAAUCAUAAGAAGUUUAACUAAAUCCGAUAAAAUCUACUGCACUUCAGUAACAGGAAGUUUUAAAUUUAAAAUGCAGAAAACCAAUGUAAAAUUAAAGCUAUUAAAAUGUAAAACUAUUGAACCAUUCUAUGGCUUCAAAGGUAAAUAAAGUAGCAGCUUUCAUAUUAAUUUACUUAAAUGUAUGUAAAAUAGAUUAGUUGCAAAAUUCAGUAUAUAAAAUACUAUUAUAUAUUUUUACUUUAAUCUUAUUUAUUUUACUUAUAUCCCAUUAGGAUUUUGAAUUUGUUAAGUUCUGUGAUUCAUAUUUUAAAGAUGGAUUGCUUUAAUUAUUUUAAUAAUAUUAUAUUUAAAUAUAAUCUGUCCCUUUUUGUAAUGGGAGCAUAAUCUCAUGCCUAAUGUUUAUAUAGUAAUUUUUUGCUUGGAAAAUAUUGUUAUUUUGAUUUUUCUCUUACUUUUUAUUUGUAUGCCCUGUUUGCAAUAGAGCUAGUGAAAACCAUGAUUUCCUGGCAUUUCUAUCCAGAUGUUUUACUCCCAAGAACAAAUUAAAUUAGAAGAAAAGGCCAGUUUUUACCUUAUUAUAAGACCAGUUUUUAAUCUGUAUUUUAGUCAAGUCCAUUUCCUGACACAAUAUUAAAUAGCACUCUAGUUACAUUUAGUUUUGGUGAUUUACCAACUAGGAUGGAAACCACCAAGGUCAUUUCUUUUAAAUACAAGGGGAAAAUAAAAUGUUACACUUAUCAUUUUAUUCUCUGCCUCACAGCAUUUAUGAAGUAUGAAGAAGUUAACACUGAAAUGUUUGGAUCUACCAAGACUGAAAUUAAAUACAGAAAGAACUGAUUUUUUUCUUUAUGCUCUACAAAAGCAUUGCAUUCUCUAAAUUAAAAAAACGUUGAAGAAUAGUGCUUGUAUAUACUUAUUGUGGAUAAAGAAUUAUUAUGUAACAAAGUGGGUAACAGUUCAUAUUGAGGAUAUGGGCUUAAAUAUGUAUCAUUAAUAAUUACCGGACUAAAACAUUCUAGAAAUAUAGUUUUAGGUGCGUGUCAUAUAUUGUCUUUUCCAGCUCCUACGUUUGGCUCCUGUCAGUUUUACAUCUUUGUUAUAAAUUGUUAUGAUGUUCUCUUUUUUAAAAAAUGAAAGCAGGCUCAAAAAUCAUGUUAAAAGUAAAAUUCUAUUAUAGGCAUCUCUAAGGAACAUGAGUGCGGGAGCCCUCUAACUUCUUAGAGAUAAAAGCAGAGAAAGCCUCACUGUAGUGUAAAGCCUGUUGGUUAAUAGUUUCCCAAAUGCCUCUUUCAUGAAGAGGAGAGUUAAAUUUAGGCUUUAAUCAUUACAUUCUUGUAAAUAGUUUGGCAUAUCAGUUGUUUAUUAAGAACCCCAUACUCAUUCAUCUAAUUUUGGGGGAAAUCACCAAAGUGAUCUUGGUAAUAACCUCUAAAAAUAGUUUCCAUUGCCAGGAGCAAGUAUGAGGAUAAAGAGUGCUGUGAUCAAAGCCUAGCCUACGGAAUGUGGAGGAAGCUCACACCUGUGCAUUUGACACUAGUUUUUAGUACAGAAAUUCCCCCAACUGGUUAGUGAAUACGUGAGUGAGGCUUUGACAUGGUUAUACUUAUCUUUUUAGAAUAUAUAGUUUUUUUAAAUCUAAAUACAUUUCAUUGUGUGUUCCUUAGCUAAAUCAGAUUUUUUUUUUACUUUGAUUAUAAACCUCUGAAAAAAAAGUAAGCAUGAAUUGACUGAUAAUGCCCAAAAUAUCCACCGACACUACCUUUUUUGAAUGGAGAGCCAAAUUAAACUUUGGCCAUGUAUAUAUUCACGUACAAAUUAUUCACGCGUUCAUUUUUAUAACGUUGAGUAUUGAUGGAUAUUCUUAAUGUGAACAUUCAUUUAUGGAUAAAUGAAAAAUGAAGUAUCCAUGGAGAAUAAAACACUUCACUAAAAUGUACUAUGGCUAUUUCCGUGUAUUAAGCUAUAACCUGUUCAUUUUCAUGAAGGCAAUUUUAAUUCUGGGAUUCCUCAACUCUAUCUGAGCAUGACUGUAUUUUAAAAUACUUUAAAAUGCUUAAUAUAAAUAGCUUGGAUGUUCUCAUUGGUGUUCCAUGAACUUGGCUUUAAAUGUUGGCAAUAUUAAGAAGCAGAAAUAAAAUUGAUGAAAAUAUGAAAGAUGCUUUACUAUAUACAUUCAUUGUAUAUAUCAUGGAAACAAGCACUUUGCUUUCAAAGCAAGUGGCAUUUUGAGCAGUUUGAUUUAAACAUGUAGAUCAGAAAGAGAGGUGUACAAAUCUUGGUAUUUCUAAAAAUGAGAAUAAAAAGGGGGAGAUGCAGCUAGUCUCUUUUUACAAGAAUUCGGGACGAACUUAUUUUCAAAGGGAAUGCAGUCUAAUUCCUGAUGGUCUCUUCCUCCAGGAAGUUUGACCAUCUUGAAAAACAAUUUUCGGGGGCUCCUGGGUGGCUCAGUCAGUUAAGCGUCAGACUUCAGCUCAGGUCAUGAUCUCACAAUUCCUGAGUUUGAGACCCGCAUUGGGCUCUGAUCUGACAGCCUAGAGCCUGCUUUGGAUUUUGUGUCUUCCUCUCUCUCUGCCCCUUCCCUGCUUGCACUCUGCCUCUCUCUCAAAAAUAAAUAAACAUUAAAAAGAAGAAGAAGAAGAAGAAGAAUGAUUGAUAGUAUUCUCACAUCAAGGGGCCCAUAAUUGUAAAAUGUGAAAUUGUAUUCCAAGUCAAUAUUGUUGACUGUUAUGGAGCCCUUGACAAGCCACUGUAAAGUCACAGAAACCAUUACCAAAUCACCGUCAAAAGCAUUCCACAUGGAGUUUUCAGACACAAUUGACAUGGUUCUAGUAAAUACAAGGUCAGUUGUGCCUCUUUUGUGUUUGCAUUUUAGAAGUGACAUAACCUAAUUCAAAAUGUUUAUGCAGCACUUUCUAUUGACAAGGUCCUGAUUUAGAUACAAUGGGGAAGGUAUAAAGAUGAACUACCAAGAAACAUAUAUGAGAGGAUUAGUUAUAUAAUUUAAAGGAGGGAGGGCAACUGGGAAACUUUCUAGAGAUGGGAGCUUGCGAAUUCACUAUGUCAGUAGGUAUGGGUAACUAGAGAUCCCACUCUCCAGUUGAGUAACCAACUCAAUUAAAACUUCCAUUUUCAUUGAAAGUUAAGAUGCAUACGUAGACAAUUAAAGAUGAGGCUACAAAGCUGGGUCGGGCCCUAUGGUAAAGGGGCAAGAAUACAAAUCUCAGUAGGCUGCAUGGCAUUCUAAAUUCAUGGAGAGUUCACAAAGAUACCUAAGUACAAGAGACAGUAUUAAUACCGCAGAAGUUUCAUUUUACCAGGGUCUGAUGUUUGGAGUAAGAAAAGCCAAAGCCAGUUCUAAAGCAACUAUAAAACAUGAGGUGAGGGAGGAUGAAGGUUAGUACUGCGGGGAUAGACAUUCAGGGGAGGCGGGGGAAGAUAGCCCCUAAGAAAGGACAAAUGGAGACAUGAAGCUGUAAUUAACAGGCAACAUUAACAGAGUGACACUGUGUGUGUGUGAGGGGAGCAGGGGUCCUGUAUUGAAGAGUACGGAUAUGUAAAUAGAUACUAAAACACUACAAGGAUGCAUUACAAUCUUGUUUGCUGUUACUUUAAACAUUUUAAUCAAAUGUCAUUUUUUUCUAUUGAUCUAUGUUUUUACCAUAUUAGGGAUGAAGAACAAGAAUAAUCCCCUGAAGUACAUAUCACACAGAAGGUCUACUAAGAUUUAUUAUUAUUGUUAUUAUUUAAAUCUGUUUCUCAUUACAAGGGAUUUCUCUUCAGAUAAUUUUCUCUUCUUUCUGAGGAAAAAAAAUGUAUUUGGGCAAAGAAUGGAGGAAAAUGGGGAAUAGAACUAGGCUGCUGUGGGACCAGACAAAUCCAGAAAGUUGAUUUGUAUUCUCAAUUUCUGAAAUAUUUGUCUCAAAAUGAAUAAAUACAUUUUUAUUGUUGGACAAUGACAUGUACCUGGACCAUGAAUAGUUUGAAUGUGAAUAGUUAAGAUAAGCCUGUGAUAAUUAUAAUGCAAUUAAGCAGAAAGGACUAAUGAACAGAUUUACAGACAUGGCUGACCUAAAUGGAAAUAGUUUGGAUUUCAGUAAGUUCCUGUAAUAACAGCUAUUUGAAUCCAUUAAGUGUAUGCAGUCACUCCAUAUAAUAAAAGUUUUAUGGCUUGUGGUUGUAAUGGC